AUGAGCGACGAUGUGUUCGAAGACGAGCUCCGUGCACCAACACAACGAACUACUCCAUCCCCGACAGGAUAUCGAGAUUAUCGGCCUAUUGAUUCUCCUGCGCGCGCGCCUGUAGACGACGACAUUCCUUUACACAAGACAAUUUUGCUUGGAGACAGCGGCGUGGGUAAGACGUCGUUGCUGGUUCAAUUCGAGACCGGGAAAUUCCAGCCUGGCAACUUCUCCGCUACUGUCGGCAUCGGUUUUACGGUAAGUGUUAUAUCUUCAUUAAUUUUAAAGGCUUACCGAGACGAUACAAUUAGUAUGCAGAUGGUUUAA